UUUGGCCGGAAUAUGGGCUUGGGUUGUAUUUCGUAGUUAUAAAUGGUCAUUUCUGAUCCCAUUUGGAUUCAUUGUCGUCGCGUUAUUAACGGGUUUUGUGGAAGGAACAGCGUUUGGGUUAGUGCUGGCAGUUAUUUAUUUAUAUGGCGAUUUUGGUAUGACGCUUUGGAUUCCAUUUUUAUGGGGUUUAAUACAGGCCUUGAUUCUUCUCAUGGGAUGUUAUUCAACCAUUACAAGUUUUUUAUAA